GCUUCUCAAAUUUUCUUCCUAUUUACCCAACUUUCUCUCUCUCCUCUCUUUCUUUCUCUCUCUACUCUCUUUUUUACUCUCUCCUCUCUCUCUCUAUUCAGUUCCCUGUCUAUCUGCACUGUCUUACUAUUUUCAGGAUUCUCUCAAUGUGCCCCACCCCACUUUCUCUCUCUACUCCGUUUCUCUCGUUCUCCUGCCGUUUCUCUUCCAAUUGGACUUUCUCUCUCCAACUUUCUCUCUACUGUGAAUUCCCCCUCUCUCUCUACUGUGAAUUCCCCCUCUCUCUCUUCAAACAAUGUCUCAAUGCUUCAGCAUUGUCUCUUUCUUCGGCCGACGCCUCCAUAAUUUAUUCGUCUCCCAUGGCUUAGAGCCGAAGGCGGUCGAUAUCGACCGCGAAACCACCAUCCACUGUUGGGUCCCGAAGGCCGGCUUCACGAGGCCGGUUCUGGUCCUAAUCCACGGUUUCGGACCGGCUUCCAUGUGGCAAUGGAACGGUCAGGUCCCUUCGUUGUCUCGAGAAUUCGAUCUCGUCGUCCCUGAUCUUGUCUUCUUCGGGGAAUCGACCAGUAUAUCCCGAGAGAGAUCAGAGGUCUUCCAGGCCGUUUCCGUUAUAAAGCUGCUGGAAACACUAGGAGUCGAACGUUAUUCCGUUGCAGGGACGAGUUAUGGGGGUUUCGUUGCAUAUCAGAUGGCUAGAAUGUGUCCCGAAAAGAUUUUACGGGUCGUGAUCGCAAGCUCCGGCGUCAAUAUGAAACGGGAAGAUAACGGAAAACUACUUCAAAAAGCGGGUGUCGAAAGAAUAUGGGAUCUCAUGUUGCCGGAAAAACCUUCGAAUCUCCGGACUCUGGUCAGGCUUGCAGUUUACAGGAGAGUUCAUAUGGUGCCUAAUUUCUUUUUACAAGAUAUAAUCGACACCUUAUAUAAGGAAAACAGAGAGGAGAAGAAGGAGCUGCUCCUCGGACUCACAAUUGGAAAAGAGGACACUGGCGACAUAGAACCUCUUCCCCAGGAAGUCUUGAUCGUGUGGGGUGAGCAUGACCAGAUAUUUGAAGUGGAGAUGGCCUUUGAGCUAAAGAAGCUUUUUGGUGAGAAGACUCGACUCGAAAUAAUAAAGAACACUGCUCAUACGCCUCAAGCUGAAGAUCCAAGAACCUUCAAUUCCAUUAUCAAAAGAUUCCUCUUAGAAUUAGUCUAAUGAAAAAUAAAUUCUUGUUAAUUAAGGGAGUUUUGUGUUUUGACUAGUUUAAAGCCUCAUGGUGAAGCAACAUAAAAAGUAUAAAUUGUGUCGGAGUGCUUUUUCUCUA